UGGAAGAAAACUGAACUCGUAGGUUAUUACCAAAGUUUGCAUUAAAUUUUAUAGGAAUAUUUCGUCUCCAACUAACCCCCACAACACAGUAAUCAAACCCUUCACCACACACAACCUUCAAGUAAUUUUUGAUUAGAUCAUAAAUAGGCAUUAGAUAUAGACAUAAGAUAAAAGACAUGCUCACUUCUUCUUCUCAACUUCAUAGGCCUUAUUUCCUUCCAAUAAACCACUCCAAAUCACCAACUUCCUUUGACCUACACACCCUUUGGGCUGUUAGCACCAAUCUCAUCCUCUUGCUAUCCUUCAGAUUGAUUUCUCUCCUGUCACCUCGAUCAAAGGGCUAAAAACUUGAUACUUAGAUUGGUCUUUCACGGCUUCAUCUUGUUAUUGCUUUCAAGGGGUGAUCGAUAUGGGUUUGAGUUCUAAGCAGGUUUCUAGCAGUGGACUUGAUUGGAAACAAACCUUAUUGGAGGCUCAAAACUUGGAGCUACCAAAGCCUAAUCUGAUGAGGAAACAACAGCAACAACAAACUCAGCCUUCAGAGUCUUUGAAGUGUCCGAGAUGUGACUCGACCAACACCAAAUUUUGUUACUACAACAACUACAACAAGUCUCAGCCUCGCCAUUUCUGCAGGGCUUGCAAGAGGCACUGGACAAAAGGUGGAACCCUACGCAAUGUUCCAGUUGGUGGUGGCAGGAAGAAUAAGAGGGUCAAAAAAUCAAGCACUCCAACAACACCUUCCACCACCACCACCACCACUACUUCUACUUGCACUGCCACUGGCACAACCAACAUGGAUGCUAUGUUAGGUAGCCACAUGACAAUUCAAACUUCUCUUCCAGAUGAUCAUCAGAAAAACAUGGCUCCCUCUCUCUACCAUGCUCUAAUUCGUCCACCACCUUUGCUGCUACAUCAGAAUCUGAUGAACACAAGAGACUUAGAAGGCAAAGAUCAUUUUGGUAUUGGUAUUGGUAUUGGUAUUGGUAAUAUCUUUCCGAGUUCAACUUUGCCUCUUCCUCAUCAAAGCCAAAGCCCACUCUUCCCUUUCUCAACCUCAAGCAGCUCUUUUGACACCAACCCUUGUUCAGUGUCAACCUCUCUGAGAUCCUCGAAUGUUUAUAACUAUGGGGAGGAGUUUAAAGCAAUGGAGGAACCAACCAUCAACAGUACCAUAGUGCCUAGCACAGGUGGCACUAACACACAACCAUGGGAGAUAGCAGCAACAAGUGGUGCUGGCUUGGGAAGUUCAAGCUAUUGGAAUUGGGAGGAUUUUGACUCAUUGGUCUCAACUGAUCUAAAGGAUCCCUGGGAUGAUUCUGAUAUCAAACCCUGAGACCAAAACAUUAUGGUAGUGUCCAUAGAUUAGUUAUUUAAUUUAAUUGGGGUGUUUUUGUGUUUCAUACAGGUUAGUAAGUGGUCUUGUUUUCCAGAUGGGGCAUACAUAUUCUGUGGUGGUCUUUCUGCACCUUUAGUUCUUUCAAACACAAGUAUUUGGAGCUGUCAUGUUUUAGUUUCAGCUUCAAGCAAAAGGGUCCAAAAUUUCUGAUUAGUUGUAACUCACUCUGUUUGCCUCUUUGCUCAUCUCUCUUAUCAUUUCCUCUAAUCUCUAAUAAAGUGGUGUAUUAAUGUAUGCAA